AUGUCUCGACCUGGUAAGGAACACUGUCAAGUGGUAAAGCGAAUAUUUCGCUAUCUGAGAGGCACAUCCGAUGUUGGUCUCUUUUAUAGGAGUAAUAACCAGUGUCUCGUAACUGGUUAUUCGGACUCAGAUUAUGCUGCAGAUAUCGAUGGUAGAAGAUCAAUGACUAGUUAUGUUUACACUCUUGGUGACUUUGUGGUUAGUUGGAAGACAACAUUACAGUCGACGGUGACGUUGUCCACUACCGAGGCUGAGUAUAUGGCGCUAACUGAAGCAGUCAAGGAGGGUAUAUGGUUGAAAGGAUUAAUCAGUGACCUUAGUAUCCAUCAUGAUCAUGCAAUUUUGGAAGUAGCCUGA